CGUGACAUGCAUCGAGCAUACAGAGACAUGAAGGAGGCCAACUGGAAAAACUCUGACAAGUACUUUCAUGCUAGAGGGAACCGUGAUGCUGCCCAAAGAGGAGCUGGAGGCAGAUGGGCUGCUAGGGUUAUAAGUGAUGCCAGAGAAUGGGCGCAGGAACAAACGGGUCAUGGUAAUGAGGACGCUGAGGCUGAUCAGAGGGCAAACCGUCAUGGGCGGAAUGGAGGAGAUCCCAACGUUUACAGGCCAAAAGGACUGCCUAAGAAAUAUUGAGGAUGAAAACUGAGAGAAAAAAUGCACAUUUGUGAAGGAUAGAUGUUCAAUGUUCAAUUUAUGGGCUAAGUCUUUUUAUCUACAGGGCCUCACUCUGGCUUGCAGGACCUGACUAUGGCCUCUAAGGUCUCAUAAAAGAGAUGUUGUAGGUUCACGGCGCCAGGUUGGGAGAUAAGGUUGUAACUUUGGAUGGGUAACAACAGCUGCCUGCGUUAUUUUCCAGUUAGAGUUCAUUCUGACACCUAGUGUCGUUGUUCCUCCCCUCCCUGAUGGCGUGACCUGAGCAACUCUAUAAGAAGUGAUUGUUUUCCUGCUUGUGCUAAGUUUUUGGUAUGACUAUAUCCAUGUGUACACUGUGCCAAAGGCUUCUCUGAGCUCAGAUAUUUGUUUUCAAUAAACUCCAUAUAUUCAAGUAAGCAUA